UGCCGGGGGUUAAGCCUCCUGUUGGAAUUUAUGACAGUACAAAUGCCAUUGCGGGAUGUUUUACGGCACUUGCACAGAACCCUGUGAACAUACCAUGCUGGCCUAUACUGUUAUUAUUUUCAUGAUGUGUCUUAAUGAGAUUGGCGACAAGUUAAGAAGGACUUGACCUAGCCAGGGGGAGUUUUGUAGAUAAAAAGCAUGUUUACUUUUGGGCUCGGUUACAGUGGACUUUCUUUUCAAUGUGAUGACCAUUUAACCUUUGGAUUACAUUCCUACCCAAGGGGUUUAUGUGAUUUGCACAAAAGUCAAAGCUGUGUGAAGCCCAUUGUGUGAGUUAGUCACACAUAAUUCCAUGCCUUGACUUCAAUAGUUAAAUAUAGGAGGUAGGCCUUUUGUUUUGUGUCUGGAAAAUGGAUGGGCUCAGCUAGGGUUUGUUUCCUGCUCUUUGUGCAGUGUGGUGGAAGAAAAAAACACAAAAAUGUUCUUAUGAUGUUAGAGAUUUUAGAGGAUCCCUUUUAUCUGUUUAUUUAUCUAAUGUCUACAGGAAAUGUGUCAUGAGUUUAUUAAAUCAGGUUUUAUUUUUACCAGUAUUUACACACCGUCUGUAGGCAGGACCAUCUCCCACCAUAUCUGCCAACAGGGAGAAAGGGAAAGAGUUCAGCGGUGUCUUUCCGAUUGAAGUGAGCCUAAGUAGCAACUAGGCUCUUAAUCUAUCAGACACCUGGCAAGACUUAUCAAACAACUCUCGGCUAACAUCUACAUCCACUGCCCUGGCAAAGAAUCAACGUCUGUGUCGUGUUACUUUUGUGCAGAGAGUGUCAAAGGUACAUCGAACCUUUUUCAGAUAUCCAUUUCGGCAGAGAUGGAAGAGCAGUAAAGCUUUUUCAUGUGUUUUUUUUAUUUACGAAAUGAGAAUACAAAUACUACGGAAGGGCACAUGGGAUCCAUGUGGAAGAAGAUCAGACGAGCUACAGAGAACAAAAUGUUCUGGUUCAACACCAAUAUGAAGUAUCUACCAGAUGGCGGGGCUAUCCACUUCCACCAGGUGAGGACCUGAAGAAGUCUUAAAUUGAAGUAAAGCGGUCGCUUGUUGUGUCCACAGUUCCAGUGUAAUCGACGGUACCAUUGACUGUAAAAUACGGUCAUAAAGUGGCUAUGGCAUAACUAUUGUCCUGCCCCCCCCACGUGUGCCCGCGUCUCUUGUUUUCGCGCAUUCCUCGGGAGGUGAUAAAUUCAAGGGCGCGUGGGUUGACUACCAAGUUGAGCACGAGAGCCCGUCGCGGAGGGAGGCGAAGCACGCGCAGACGGAGACCAGACACGUUGCGUGCGCGAACGCCGACCUCUGUCAUCAAAAGUUGGAUUCAAGCUGCAGCAUAGCCUGUUGGCUAAAUGGUUGUGAUGUUUGGGCGGAAAAAAUCGACGACACUGAAUGGCUGACCUUUAACUCUCUCUGUUCAUCUGUUGUGUUCUACUGCUCUGCCCUUCUGCGAAGAUGAGCGGUGGGUGGGUCGCAUCUGGGAGCAAACCUUCCAGGAUUGCUGAGGAAAGGAGGAAAGGCAGACAAUCCAAAGGGAGCUCACAGAAUCGGGUUCACUUGCCCGAUACUCCAGAAGAGCCGUGGAGCCAGGUAAUCAGUGACACUGUUACCAAACGAGAGGAUCGUGGUUUGGAACGACACCAGACGGCCGAGCCGAUCAAGCACACGGAAGAGCAGGUGGAAGUUAUUAAAUUCUACCUGGAGUCGCGCCGACCAGGGGGAGAGGGCCACCGGGAGAGUGUCAAGAUGCUGACCGACGAGGUGUCGCAAAUUCAGGAGGUGAGGUACUGCUUGAAGACGCUCCGGGCGCAGAUGGAGGCCCGAAAGAACCAGAACCACCACCACCACAAGAAGAAUCCAGCCACUGACGUGACAGACCUAGUGUCGAAUCACAAGCCGCCCUUACCCAAUGGCGAACCUGCUCAGCAUGACUCAGAGAACCUGGUCAACCGGCACCAGGAGGAGAGCGUGACGCUCAGCGAAGCCACAAAGCGUCUGUACGUCCAGCUGACGGAGGCCGAGGACAGACACCAGGAAGAGAGGGACAGACUGAAGGCGGAGAACAGCACGCUACAGCGCCGCCUGGAGGAGCAGACAGCGCGGCUGCAGCGGGCGGAGGGGUUGUCAGAGGACCGGGGCCGGCGGGUGGAGGCGCUGGAGCGGCUCCUGGGGAGCCUGGCGGUGGAGAGCACCGGCCUCAAAGAGAAGGUGGCCACCGGGGAGAUGGAGCUGGGGCGGCUGAGGGAGCAGACGCAGCAGGGCAGGGAGGAGCAGCACAGGAGUGAAGCGUUGGAGAAGGAGUUGGCCAACAUGAAAGAGAAGAUCCAUCAGCUAGAUGACAUGCUGAAGAGCCAACAGAGGAAGGUUCGAAACAUGAUCGAACAGCUGCAGAACUCUCGGACCGUGAUCCAGGAGAGAGAUCGAAUAAUCGUGGAACUAGAAGAGAAAGUGGCCUACCUCGAGGCUGAGAACCGGGAAAUGCACGACCGCAUGGAGUACAUCUCCGGCUCCCCGGACCCCCCACCUCCAGAACUGACCGAGUCCGAGGACCGGCAGCAGGUGGUUUACAGUAAAGUCCUCACGCCAUCCACGCAUCGCAGCUCAAAGAAUCUUCCUUACAUAAAAGUCAUCGAGAUCAAGUCCUGAGCCGGAGAGAGUGAGGGGCGAGGGAGAACGCUGUGACUGUUAUUUGUAAAUAGGUAUUUAUUCACCCCAUUACGAUGUGUUACGGUUAUUACUGGUCCGAACGAGUCUGACAGUUGGGACGGAGUGGACUUUUGGCGAUUGCUGCUUUUGGCCGGUAACACUGUGUUGAACGCCUUCACUCUGCUCUGCCGUUUAUUAUCAUAUGUGGAAUACACAGCAGGAAGGUCGGUUGUUUAUAGCAUGUGUUCAAAUCAUUGCAGGGAAUGAGGUAGAGGGCAGUGUCGUCACAGUAAUUUUUUUUACAGUUUUCCUUUUUGCCUUUUCUUCGCCUUUCUGCAGCAUCUGUUAAUAAUAAUUGUAGGUAGAUGUGUGGCAUAGAAAUGUUGACGGUCAGGUAGCAAUGUGUUUUAAGUGUGUCUGCACUUAGUUCCACUUAACUUGAGUUUAAAAGCAUUAGGGUCAACAGGGGGGGUCAAGCUCCUGAUUACUUUGCAACCCAUUGACGAUGGCAUAUAUUAUACACAGAAGGAUGCUCAUACUUCAAAGAUUCAGGUUUAACACCUCCGUAUGUAUACUAUUUGAUUGGGAAAUGGACAAGGAGUCUUAUGUUUCUAUCCUAGAUGAUAGCCUUAUAGUUUCGUACCUCCGGCUACCUUGACAGCACCUGGAGAUGUGAAAAAUGUAUAUAAAUACCUGAAGUUGCUAAAUAAAUCAGUCUAAAUUGAUUAAGAUCUGAUGUAUUCAGGUUGUUCAUUCUUAUUCUAUCAACUUUCUCUUAUUUAAUUAUUAUUAUUAGUUCUGUCUACCCUAACCCUGUUUUUCAAACUUCUAAGCUUUUCAUGUUUUUCUUUACUGUACAUUAAAACAAAUAUAAGGUCAUGUUAUUAUACAUUUUCUUUCAAUAAAUCCUGUUGA